AUGGGCGUCGAACCGGCGCAGCCGAACCCCGCCGCGGCCGCGGCCGCGGCCACGGCCACCACCGCUGAGCAGGCUCAGGAUCUCAUCGACGCCGCUAGGUACGAUGACUUGGAGGACGUCGUCGCUCUGUUCUCCGCUGGUGUCUCGCUGGACUCCACAGAUUCGCAAGGCCGCACAGCUCUUCAUAUGGCUUCUGCCAAUGGUCAUCUUGCUGUGGUGGAAUACUUGAUUCAAAAUGGAGCGAAUGUUAACGCCACCAACUUGGAGAAGAACACACCCCUCCACUGGGCAUGCCUUAACGGACAUAUAGAGGUAAUCAAGGCUUUGAUAUCAGCUGGGGCUAGCGUGAGUGCUCUGAACAGCCAUGAGAAAACGCCUAUGGACGAAGCGGUGACCAAAGGCAAGAUGGAUGUGAUCGAUGCAAUCGGUGCAGCAGUAGCUCAAGCCGAGCUCGAUGGCGUUACUGUCUCCUAA